AAAAAAUAAAAAUUCUUCCGGUUCUUUUGAAAGAUCGAUCACACACACAUACUAGUGUUUUCGUACUCGAGCUUACUUCUUCUUCUUCAACAAUGCCUCUCUCUCUUCGGAUCGCUCCAUCUCCAACGGCUUUCCAUUGCUCUCCGACUUCAUCUACCGGGGGCGCAUUUAUCCCCGUGAAGCAGCACUGUCGGAUCCUAAACUCCGGCGCCGUCGCGACGAAAAUCCGGUUCUGUUCUGGUGGUGAUGGUGUUUUAGAUUCUGGGAAGAGGUGCGGUUCGUAUGUGGCGAGGUGUAGCUUAGAAACAGUGAAUGUCAGCGUCGGUCAGGUGACGGAGGUUGAUAAGGAUACGUUCUGGCCAAUUGUUAAAGCCGCCGGUGAUAAGAUUGUUGUUCUCGAUAUGUACACUCAGUGGUGUGGUCCUUGCAAAGUGAUUGCUCCCAAAUACAAAGAGCUAUCUGAGAAGUACCAGGAUAUGGUGUUUCUUAAGCUUGACUGCACCCAAGACAAUAAGCCAUUGGCAAAGGAGCUAGGAAUUAAAGUGGUUCCGACCUUUAAGAUCUUGAAGGACAACAAAAUAGUAAAGGAAGUGACGGGGGCGAAAUAUGAAGACUUACUCGCCGCCAUUGAAGCAGCAAGGUCAGGCUGAGUCUCUUAAAAGCACUCAUGCUGUAAAGUAUUAGGAUCAUCCUCCAUCUUAUAAUGUAAUUGGUUUGCUUCUAUGUAUCUAACUCUUUGUUGUUCCCUUAAUCAGAAUCGGGUUUCAAAAAUGUAUGUAUAAAUGCUGCAAUGAUGGAUGGUUGAAUGAAUGUGCUUAUGCAUCAUAAGCUCAUAACCAAAUGGUUUGGGCUAUUGUUGAUCA